AUGCGCAUGCACAAUUCCGCCGCCGCUCUUGCGGCUCUCAGCGCACUGGUCGCACCUGUGGUACUCGCCCAGCAAACGACAAUGCAACUGUGGUUUCCCAUGAUGGACCCCGCCGCUACCGAGGAUAUUUACGCAGACCAGGAACUAGUCAUUAAAACGAUUGUCAACCAAGAGACAGUUGUUGAAAUGCGGUGUAAGGAUAAAGAUAACACCGAGUGUGUUGUCGUCCCCUUCACGAUCGGCCAGAGCAGUAAGGAGAACCCCGACCGCCCCAUUCACCUCGGCAGCGGUGACGGAUAUUACGGGGGACUGCCGGAUGUAAUCGACUGCAAGUUGACGGGAUGUCCUACCGCCACGACGGGAGCCUGCAGUGUGGUAAUUAACGCCGGGCAUGCCAACAGCGAAACUAAUCUCGUAACCACAUCUUUACCUCUCGAUACGGAAUUGUUGCGGUUCCGUCCCAUUGCUCUCGCUACGCCUCUUCCCGAGGCAGAUUCGAUUCAGUGCGACUCGCAGCCCGCAGCUAGUACCACGCCGUCCGCCACGGGAGAAAAGAGCGCAGAGACCAGCGCUAGCGCUAGCGCACCCAGCACCGAGAACUCGGGUUGGAAAGUCGCUGCGUCGUGGCCGGGAGUCGCCGCGGUUGUCGCACUUGGCCUCUUCAUCUGA